AUGUCGUCCCGUUACUCGCACAGACAAAGGAGAGUGCCGAGAGGAUCCUCCAGUUCUUUAUGGAGUGAGUGGGAAUGGGAUAUCGAAGAAAAUCAGUGGCAAUCUCAUCGCACUAAUUCUAGGGGUGCGAUCGAGUGGCAAUUUGAGAGCCAAUUGCCUUCGAGCUCAUCGGCUGUUGCACAUAUCCCAAGGCUUGGUGUUAUUUCGCCACUGGAUACAGUCUCUGAAGAUAGAUCUCAAUAUUCGAGCAACCAAGGUUAUAUCACAAGCAAUAAUAAUAUCGGAGUAGUAACCGACUCACUGGCCCCUGCGACUUUGGGUCCAAGGUCUAAUCCGGAUCCACCCAUCGUAGCUAGGCUUCAGCAGAACAACACUUCUACUCAGCACAGGAACUUCGAUCAUAGGUACAAAACGGUCGGGAAUUCAAAUUUGGCAAGGCAUGACAUUGAUUCAUUUCGAUAUCUCGAGGCAUGUAUUAACUUGAGCAGGUCUUCAAAGUUCUUUGGUCUGAGCCAACCGGAAGCACAGCUGGCGGCGGCGGCGGAACAGUUUGGUCGCGCAGGGAGGUGCAUGGCGAAGCGAUAUAUGCCAAAACCUAUCAUGUCCUACGAGGGAAGGGCGACAAGUAAGCCAGGCGUACAUCCUGAAGAGCAUGCGAUAAUUUACACGACCCCUGAACCAAAAUUGGUCAACAAUGAGGAUGGGAGUAGGAUGAUAUUUGAUCCGGUCAAGAUGAUACCGGAGUCCAGCCGGCACACACUCGACAAAGCAUCAAGAAUAAACUAUGCUAAGAUAUAUACCGUGGAGUACAAUGUCAAAGUAUGGUUUAUUGGUCAUGUUGAUCAAGCUUGUGAACAGAUAGUGAAGAAAUCUUACAACGAUGCCAACCAACCAUUCCCUCUAUCAUCUCAACCAUCUGUUCCUGCCGCCUACCCGAUGAAUAAUCCUCCUUAUGAUAAUUCCUCCCAUGCUAUGCCGGGUACUUCUUCAAACACAGCUGGCUAUUCUUCCGCUGCAUCUUACUCAUCAACACCAGGCUAUGGAACUGGCUAUGGAACUGGCUAUGGUUCUGGCUAUGGAGCGGUAUCUGCUAGUCCAAAUCUGUACAGCUCAUCAGAAGACUCCGCCUCAAAUUUCGCUCAGCCACCGUAUUCCCAGUCGCAAUAUCCUCCGCAAUACCCUCCAUCACAAAAUUCCACAUUUCAACACCAACCAUACACGACCAGUCCAAGCCAAGAAUAUAAUUACGAUCCUCGGGAUACAUAUGAACCGGGCAGUGAUGGCGGCCAACAAUAG